AUGCCGUUUCUAAAACGCGAUUUGACGCCAAUUGAGGUCGACACUAUUGAUGUACUCAAAGACGUUUUCAGUAGGAAAGACUUGGUCAACUCUUCGUGGACCCCUUGGGCCACAGCCGAGCUCCUGGUUGACUUGGCCAGAGAUAACAGCCACAGGUAUCCCAAAACGACACAAGACGAUCGACAGCAUCAGAUUCUGACCGCUUUCGCGAUUAAGAUGCCACUGCAAGGGAAAGCUCGGGAACGCGCAUGGCAAGUGUUGCUGCAGCUGAGGUACGAGGCAGUUUUCGGCGACCAGAGGACUCAACUUGCACUCGACUGGGCAAGAAACAUGGACAGUUGGAAGUCCAGCUAUCAUCGAGAGUUCAAAGGUUGCGCCAUCAUGGUAGCAAAGCAACACGUGCUGAUCGCAGGCAUGUCUUAUGCUGGGAUUGCGACGGACUACGGUCUCUUCGCUGAAGCGCUACGCGACCUGACGAAGGACUUCUAUGCGCAUUAUGACCGCCAUGUACAGGCGGCGUCUGCCUGGAUGCAUGCUGGUCUUGAGAACUUGGAAGAUGCGUAUUGCCGGGCCUCGCAACACCUCCCGGCCGAAGACGUCGUGGAGUUCUGGAACGCAGCAGGCAGGAAGUUUAUGGAGAUAGCUCAAGAACCUAGAGUGGGAGAGGAUGCCCAAGAUGCGGCAGUGGAGGCGGCAGCGAGGAUGAGGUUUAUGGGUUUCGAUGAGGACGGAUGCUACUGGUUCAAGGGUUUGGGUGACAUCGCUCCCAGAAGGGUGCAUGCGUCAACCUGUGACAAGUCAAGGGAGGACUCGACCGAGGGGGACAGGUGGUAUAACGAGAAAGCGUAUUAUGACCUUGCCAACCAGCUUAUUCCAGGCUCGUUUGGAUCGGCCAGCAACGAGCGUCAUGGAGGUUACGAACGUGGGUAA